AUGACGACGAGUCACAAAAUUUCCUUUUCCAUAAUUGACAUUUUGGAUCCGAACAAAUUCAACAGCAAAAGGAUAAACGAUCUCCCCAUCGUUAAGGAGAAGUUUCUUGUCGCCGAUGCAAGUUUGGAGUCGGAUAAGACGGCAGGUGGAGACUUCAGACAGGAGUAUUAUUAUUAUUAUUUUCCAGGAUUGGAGACGGGGGAUGGACACUCCGCCUUCUCCAGACACCCAGUAGCGCUCACCGAGCCGCCGCUGCUCGACACCGAGCCCUGUCUCACCGGGGAUCCGGGGGACGCGGACCGGGACUCGGCGCUCCCGCUGCAGGACUCCGCGACGCACAAGCGGCGGCGCCCGGACCAGACGUGCGCCAAGCCGAGGCGCGCGCGGACAGCCUUCACCUACGAGCAGCUGGUCGCUCUGGAGAACAAGUUCCGCACCACGCGCUACCUGUCCGUGUGCGAGAGACUGAACCUGGCCCUGUCCCUGAGCCUGACCGAGACCCAGGUGAAGAUCUGGUUCCAGAACAGGAGGACCAAGUGGAAAAAGCAGAACCCCGGGGCGGACAGCAGCUUGCAGCCCGGGUCCAACCCCCUGGUCAGCGUCAGCCCGAACCCCGGCACCUGCGGGACAAACCCCGCAGGCUUCCACCAAACUUUCUCCAACUUCAGUUCAGGGGGAGUGAUCUUCCACACAGCGGGGGGCGUACCGCUCUCCUCCACUGGGGGGCUCCUGCACCCUUUCAUGUCCUCUGGAUUCGUUCAGCCAACUUAUUUUAAUCCACAUCUAUAG